AUGUCCAAUCGGAAUGAUUCUAGUUAUAGUUCAAUACCUGGUAAAUCAUCAUCGUAUGUAGAAUUACAACCUCAAAAUGGUUCAUCAGAUUCUUUUCGAAGAUUGUCUUUUGAUGAGGGUGGAGGGUUUUUGAGAUCUAAGGUUGAUGAUGAUGAUGAUGAUGAUGAGGGUGAACAUUUUGAAAUUGAUAUUGAUAAUUAUCCUCUUGUCGUUGGGCCUACUGGAAAUCAUGGUUCUGGUGUUCCUGGCGCUGUGUUCAAUUUGACUACUACUAUUAUUGGGGCUGGACUUAUGGCUCUUCCUGCUACCAUGAAAGUUCUUGGAGUUUUUAUGGGGAUUGUGUUGAUUAUUUUGAUGGGGGUUUUGUCGGAAAUUAGUGUCGAAUUGUUGAUUCGUUUUUCUGUUUUGUGUAAAGCCUCGUCUUAUGGUGAGGUUGUUCAACAUGCUAUGGGAAGACCUGCUAGGAUUUUGUCUGAGAUUUGUAUUAUUUUGAAUAAUGCUGGUGUUUUGGUUGUUUAUUUGAUUAUAAUGGGGGAUGUUAUGUCGGGUUCGGUUCAUCAUUUAGGGGUUUUUGAUCAGUUGAUGGGGAACGGGGUUUGGGAUCAGAGGAAGCUUGUGAUUCUUGUUGUUAUGGUGAUUUUUCUAGCGCCGUUGUGUUCCCUUGAUAAGAUUGAUUCGUUGAGCUUGACUUCUGCUGCGUCGGUUGCUCUUGCUGUAAUGUUUGUUGUUGUUGCUUUCGCUGUUGCUUCCAUUAAGCUUGUUGAAGGAAAGAUUGAUGCUCCGAGGAUGCUUCCGGAUCUUAGUUCGAAAAAGGCUAUUUUGGAUUUACUUGUGGUGAUUCCAAUCAUGACGAAUGCGUAUGUUUGUCAUUUUAAUGUGCAGCCGAUUUACAACGAGCUUGAAGGUAGAUCACCGCAGAAGAUGAAUCGUGUAGGAAGGUUCACCACGAUUUUGUGCAUUCUUGUUUAUGCUGCAACGGCAUUAUCUGGUUAUCUGUUAUUUGGGGACGAUACGGAGUCGGAUGUCCUGACUAAUUUUGAUAAGGAUCUGGGAAUCCGGUUUAGUUCGGCCUUGAACUAUAUUGUUAGAGUCGGCUACAUUCUCCAUUUGAUACUUGUCUUUCCUGUUAUUCAUUUCUCACUACGCCAAACAGUGGAUACAUUGAUUUUCAAGGGAUCACCUCCUUUAACAGUAAGUAAGAAGAGAUCGCUAGGGCUGACUUUGGUUCUGUUGAUCCUCAUAUAUAUCGGGUGUACCAUGAUUCCAAACAUUUGGACAGCUUUUAAGUUCACCGGCGCAACGACGGCGGUUUCGCUAGGUUUCAUAUUUCCACCUCUUGUUGCAAUAAGAUUAAGUCAUAAAGGAGAUUUGAGUCAUGUAGAAAUGAUUUUGUCGUGGUUAAUGUUGGUAUUGGCCGUGACUGUUAGCAUCGUAGGAGUCGUCAGCAAUAUAUAUAGCAUUGAGAGUAAGUCUUAG